AUGACUCAAAAAGAUAUUCAAACUGUAAAGACUUCCAACGGUCAAGAAAUCAAGGUCCACACUUAUCUCUUUAUCAACAACGAGUUUGUUCCUGGCCAUGGUCCUUUGAUUGAAACCAUCAACCCUGCUACUGAAGAAGUCAUCUGCUCCGUACACUCUGCUGAUGAAUCUGAUGUCGAUGCUGCUGUGAACGCAGCCAAAGAGUGUUUCAAGAAUGUAUGGCGUAAAACUGCCCCUGCUGAACGUGGUCGUUUGAUCAACAAGCUUGCUGAUUUGAUGGAGCGUGAUAAAGAUGAGAUUGCUACUUUGGAUGCUCUUGAUAACGGUAAGGCUUUCACUAUUGCUCGCGAUGUCGAUGUGACAGACUCCAUUGGCUGUUUCCGUUAUUUCGCUGGUUGGGCUGAUAAGAUUCAUGGCAAGACUAUUGAUACGACUUUUGACAAGCUGUGUUAUACUCGUCAUGAACCCCUUGGUGUUGUUGGUGCUGUUGUCCCAUGGAACUACCCUACCAUGAUGCCCGUAUGGAAGCUGGCUCCUGCCUUGGGCACUGGUAACUGCAUUGUGUUAAAGACAUCUGAAAUCACGCCAUUGUCAUUGUACAAGUUUGCUGACCUUGUCAAGGAAGCUGGAUUCCCUCCUGGUGUUGUUAACAUCAUCACUGGUUAUGGACAUACUACUGGCAGCUACCUCAGUAGUCAUCCCGGUGUCAGCAAGAUGGCUUUCACUGGUUCUACUGUCACUGGUCGCAAGAUUUUGGAGAGCAGUGCCAGCAGCAACCUCAAAAAGCUCCAACUCGAAUUAGGUGGUAAGAGUGCACAAAUUGUCUGCGCUGAUGCCGAUUUAGCCAAUGCCGCAGUUCAAGCUCAUGGUGGUAUCUUCAACAACCACGGCCAAAGCUGCAAUGCUGGCUCUCGUAUUCUCGUGCAAGAGGAUGUAUUUGAUAAAUUCAUGGAGCUCUUCAUUGCUGAAACCAAAAAGAUCAAGAUUGGAGAUCCCUUUGAUGAAGAAACCUUCCAGGGCCCUCAAAUCAACAAGAGUCAAUUCGACAAGAUUCUCAACUACAUCAAGAUUGGUCAAGAGGAGGGUGCCAAGUUGGCUCUUGGUGGUAAGCGUUGGGGUGAGAAGGGUUACUACAUUGAGCCUACCAUCUUCACACACUGCAAGAACAACAUGCGUAUCAUGCAAGAGGAGAUCUUUGGUCCUGUGGUAGCCAUUGCUACUUUCAAGACUAUUGAGGAAGCUAUUGAGAUUGCCAAUGACUCUGAUUACGGUUUGGCUGGUGGUGUAUAUACCUCCAACUUGGAUACUGCCAUUACUGUCACCAAUGAGCUCCAGGCUGGUACUGUUUGGGUUAACUGCUUUGAUGUCUUUGAUCAAUCCACUCCAUUUGGUGGUUAUAAGCAAUCUGGCUUCGGCAAGGAGCUUGGAAAGUAUGCUCUUCAAGAGUACACUCAAGUCAAGGUUGUCAAGAUUCAAAGAAGCUUAUAA